AUGCACGUCAAGCGACAGCUCGGCUGCUUUAGCCGGAACAACGGUAUAAGUUCCCUUUCGACGAACCGUCAGAAGGUCAUAUACGCCCUAGCAACCGGGCGGGACUGUCUCAUCCAGUCGUCCCUUCAGGACGAUGCGGAUGAUCACUGGAUGAUGUCCAUCAUGCAGACCAUCAACUCCUCCGUCCGGACCACGCAGGUGCUCAUCAUCGUCUCCUCUCCCGAGCGCGCCAAGCAGCUUCACACGACGCUGAUCGACCUCGGGAAGACCCUCGGCGUCUUCUGUCACUUCUGCGUAUCGGAGAAUCCCAUCGUCCGGGACACGGCUCGGGCGACAAGCAAUCCCCACUUCCUCGUCGGCACGCCAGAGCGGGUUCACGAGCUCAUCAAGAGCAACAAGAUCAAUCUAUCUACCGUCAGGAUGCUCCUCCUGCCUGAUGCCGACGACUUCGCUUCAUCACCCGGCUUGAGGACCGUGAUUCCCAAACUCCUCCUCGCCCUGCCAGCCGACUGUCACCUCGUCAUGCUCUCGGUCGACACGCCCGACGAGGUCAUGUAUGCUGCAGAAGGGUAUAUGCGGGAACCCUUGCUGUUGAUGGAGGACGAGAUCGAGGAACUACUGCGACGCAUGAGGCACUUCUACAUCAUGGAGAUUCCAGGAUCGUGGCAGCUCGACACGCUAUGGAAUCUUUGCGAGUCCAAAUUAUUCGACCACGCCAUUGUAUUCUGCGCCACGAUCAAGCGGGUCGACUGGCUCGUCAGCAAACUUGAAAAGCGCGGCCUUAUCGCUAUCGGGAUUGGUCGGGCUACGGAGGACGCCCAGCUCAAGGUGGCUCUGGACGACUUCAGAACCGGGGCUUAUCGUCUCUUGAUAUCUACCGAUUUCCACGCAAGGGCGCUAGGUGACCAGCCUGCCGAUAUGAUCAUCAACUAUGACAUGCCACAUGACAAGUUCAGCUACUUGCGUCGACUGGCCGGCCAUGGUACGUCCACAAGUAGAAGCAAAGCCAUCACCUUUGUGCGCGAGCAGGACUGCAUCAUGCUCGGACACAUCGCGAGAUCGCAUGAUAUCCUAGUGCACGAGGUACCGCGCAACGUCACGGACCUGAUCUUCUGA